UUUAUGUCUCCCUCCCCUCCCACUUUGUGCUUUUUCAAUGUACAGCUACCCCGCCGUGGACAGUCAGACCAGCUGAGGAGUGGUAGCUCGUAGCUAAUGGCAAGUUUGGAGGCCAGUUCAGGACACAGAACUCUACAUCGGACACUGUGUGCGGUUGUCAGAGUCACCGCAUUUCUCGCUUUCGCUGCAUGUUUGCCCAGCUGCACAGAAUGCGCAAAGCCAAGCAACAUUGUGCUAAUUGUAACCGACGACCAGGAUGUUCAGCUCGGUGGACUGACACCAAUGAAAAAGACCAAACAGCUCAUAGGGGAUGCUGGUGUCACCUUUUCUAAUGCAUUCACAGUUACACCCUUGUGCUGUCCGAGCCGUAGCAGCAUCCUCACAGGUAAAUACCCUCAUAACCACGAGGUCCGGAAUAACUCCUUGUCCGGCAACUGUAGUAGCCCUGCCUGGCAGAAGGAAUCCGAAUCCCUGGCCUUCCCAGUCUUACUCAGCAAGAGUGGAUACCAGACCUUCUUCGGGGGAAAGUACCUCAACCAGUAUGGGAAGAAGGAGGCAGGAGGCGUGGACCAUGUGCCGCCUGGUUGGGACCACUGGAACGCACUGGUAGGGAACUCCGUGUACUACAACUACAGUCUCUCAGUGAACGGCAAAGAGGAGAAACACGGAGAUGACUACCACAAGGACUACCUCACAGAUCUUAUCGUGAACAAGUCGUUGGAUUUCCUGAAUGACAGGAGCCCCCAGCACCCCUUCUUCAUCAUGCUGUCCCCUCCGGCCCCCCACUCCCCCUGGACCGCGGCACCCCAGUACCAAAAGUCCUUCAGUGAUGUGAAAGCCCCACGGGACGGUAGUUUCAACAAAGCAGGCAAAGACAAGCACUGGCUCCUGCGACAGCCUGUGAGCCCCAUGCCAGAGAGCUCAGUGAAAUAUCUAGAUGAUGCAUACCAAAAAAGGUGGCAGACGCUGCUAUCUGUUGAUGACAUGGUGGAGAUCCUGGUGAAAAAGAUGGAAGAACUGAAGGAGCUGGACAACACCUACAUCUUCUUUGUGUCCGAUAAUGGGUAUCACACAGGUCAGUUCUCGCUGCCCAUCGACAAGAGGCAGCUGUAUGAGUUUGACAUCCGUGUGCCGCUCAUGGUCCGAGGUCCUGGGGUCAAGGCCAAACUCGUCCUCCCUACUCCUGUGCUAAAUAUCGAUCUGGGGCCGACCAUUCUGGACAUAGCUGGAGUUAAUCUCACUGAAGUCAACAUGGAUGGCCAAUCUUUCCUGCCACAGAUGGCCCCUUCACUGCGCAACGGCACUGCCCGCUCCUUCUUCCUAGUUGAGUACACAGGGGAGGGAAACGCCUCGGAGGACCCGGCCUGCCCGAAACUGGGGCCUGGACUGGCUCACUGCUUUCCUGACUGCACGUGUGAGGAUGCCUUCAACAACACGUAUGCCUGUGUGAGAACAUUGACUGGCUGCAACCUGCAGUACUGUGAGUUUGCAGACAAUGAGUCGUUUGUGGAAGUGUACAACCUGACGUCGGACCCCCAUCAGCUGGAGAACAUUGUGAAGAAAGUGGACCCCGCUCUACUGCAGACCAUGAAUCAGCGGCUCAUCAAGCUCCAGUCAUGCGUGGGAAGCAGUUGCCGUGACAACAAAAAAUACUAACCCCCUCCCUCCUUGCCUGCCAACUGGACGCAUCCGUGACCGUCCAGAGGAGGAAAAUGACAACGUGUGAAACCCCCAAAGGGAUUUCAGUAUAGGCUGGACUCUGGAAAAGCAGUAUUGUCAUAUCCUAGCUGAUGACCAUUUCAUAGCUGAUAUGUUUGCCAGCCUAAAGUUUAGAUUUUAAGUCUGUUUUGGAGGAGGAUUAUUUCCAAAUAACCAUUGCCCUGUUGAUAUCAUCACAGAGGAAUUAAGGGUAAUGGUGUGAUUAUAUAUGUUAUAUAUGUUUGUUCUUUCUUUUCAGCACUUUCAAGAGGAUGAGCGAUGAGAACUGUACUAUGAAGUGAGACUCGAUGAGUCUUUGGUCCUGCUGCAAUGUUGGAAGGCAAUAUCUGAUCUUUAAGCGUUUUAACAUGCAUCGCAGUCAUAUAUCUCUCUGCUGACUCAGAAGAGUCUGUCAGCUUGAUGCUAUCUUUUUCCCUUUUUUUUUUCUUUAUCCUUCCAACACGAGAUCCCGUAUACAACUGCACUCCAAAAAGCAUAUUCAAUAAGAAACUGAAAACUGAUGCCUGACAUGAUAUGAGCCAAAGUCUUUCAAAGUCAUUCUGUUUUUGUUGGAAUAUUUGUGAUUUUUUUUUUUAAAUGUACGUGGUGGUGGCGGCAUCACGUAUACAUUAAGGUUAUAGGACAGGAAAGGGAUUUUAAACAUUAUACUGCUCCUUUUAUUAAAUGAAACUGUGAUUAUGUGCCUUAUCAUUUGCACUGAACCAGUAUGGAUGCCUUUAUUUGACAGAAAUAUGUUUGAAAUUGUGGAAAAAUCAAUAAAAUUAUUAUAGUUACAAAAUC